CAGAACAGCCACUGUGGAAGAAAGCGUGGAGUGUGGGCCUCCGGGUCGCAUCUAGGCUGUGUGAGACUCUGCUGCUCUGCCUCUCCGUGGAAGCUGUGAUACCCACCUCACAGGGUCGCUGGGAAACUUAGGGAUAGCUUUCAUUUCCACAUGAAAGAUACUAAACAGAAACAGUGGCUGUGACCUGUGAUGCAAGAAGUUGGGAUGGGGAAGGCAGGACUGAUGCUGGGAAACAGCCUCGGAGAGCAGUACUACAAAGAUGCCAUGGAGCAGUGCCACAAUUACAACGCCCGCCUCUGUGCUGAGCGCAGUGUGCGCCUGCCUUUCUUGGACUCCCAGACUGGAGUGGCCCAGAGCAACUGUUACAUCUGGAUGGAAAAGCGACACCGGGGUCCAGGAUUGGCCUCUGGCCAGCUAUACUCCUACCCUGCCCGCCGCUGGCGGAAAAAGCGGCGUGCCCACCCACCUGAGGAUCCCCGGCUUUCCUUCCCAUCUAUUAAACCAGACACAGACCAGACCCUGAAGAAGGAGGGACUUAUCUCUCAGGAUGGCAGCAGUUUAGAGGCUCUGCUGCGCACUGACCCCUUGGAGAAGCGAGGCGCCCCGGAUCCCAGGGUUGAUGAUGACAGCCUGGGCGAGUUCCCUGUAACCAACAGUCGAGCACGGAAGCGGAUCUUAGAACCAGAUGACUUUCUGGAUGACCUCGAUGAUGAGGACUAUGAAGAAGAUACUCCCAAGCGCCGAGGCAAGGGGAAAUCCAAGGGUAAGGGUGUGGGCAGUGCCCGGAAGAAGCUGGAUGCUUCCAUCCUGGAGGACCGAGACAAGCCCUAUGCCUGUGACAAUAGUUUCAAACAAAAGCAUACCUCGAAAGCGCCCCAGAGAGUUUGUGGGAAACGUUACAAGAACCGACCCGGCCUCAGCUACCAUUAUGCCCACUCCCAUCUGGCCGAGGAGGAAGGCGAGGACAAGGAAGACUCCCAGCCACCCACCCCUGUUUCCCAGAGGUCGGAGGAGCAGAAAUCCAAGAAAGGUCCUGAUGGAUUGGCUCUGCCCAACAAUUAUUGUGACUUCUGCCUGGGGGACUCAAAGAUAAACAAGAAGACAGGACAACCUGAGGAGCUAGUGUCCUGUUCUGACUGUGGCCGCUCAGGGCACCCGUCCUGCCUCCAGUUCACCCCUGUGAUGAUGGCAGCCGUGAAGACCUACCGCUGGCAGUGCAUCGAGUGCAAAUGCUGCAACCUCUGCGGUACCUCCGAGAAUGAUGACCAGCUGCUCUUCUGUGAUGACUGUGACCGUGGCUACCACAUGUACUGUCUCACCCCAUCCAUGUCUGAGCCCCCUGAAGGAAGCUGGAGCUGCCACCUGUGUCUGGACCUGUUGAAGGAGAAAGCGUCCAUCUACCAGAACCAGAACUCCUCCUGAUGCGCGGUCCCUCGCUCCCCACACACCUGAGGCUGUCUCUCUCCUUCACCUUGUUUUUUCAUACCCACCCUUUCCUCUUCCUUUCUUUCACAAGUCCAGAACUUCGGGGUGGUUGUGCCAAUCUGCCUUUGGCAACAGCAAGCAGAGGUGGCAGCUCUGACAGCCUCUGGCCCCGGCCCUCAGGGAGAAAGGAGCGGCUCCCUGCCCAAGAUGUAGCUGUGGGCCCAACUUCUCUGCUCUCCGUGAAGUGCAUUCACUCUGCUUGCCUUGGGCCCAGGCCCUGGUGCCCACAGGGUUCAACUGCGUCCUCUGAGAAAGAGUGGGGGAGCAGCUCACUUCUCUCAGCCUGGCCUCCGCUCUGGCCUUCAGGGUUCUCCUCCCAGAGCUGAGCCAGGCUGGGCCUCUACCAGGAGCCACUAGAAGUGAGCAGGGUGAGGCCGUGCUCGCCAGGAGCUUUCCGUGUUUCUCCUUGCCGCUUCCCUCAGGGCCCCUCUGUGCCCUCCGUCCUGCUACAUUGAGUCCUGUGAGCUAGGACCCUCUCCUCUGCCCUGCCCCCCCCCCCAGGGGAGUAGCACCUUCAACUGUCUUGUGCUUGCCCUGGGCGAUCUCUAGCACCCCAAGUACUCCUUCCCCUCAGAACCUCCUGUCUCCUGUCUGCCUCCUGUUCCCUUUGUUUUGUGAGGAGAAGGGAUGCUUCAGGGGCCAGGCCAGCAGCUUGGGGGCCACGGGAAGCCGUUGGAUAAUGUGCCUGUUUUUUAACUCGACAAAAAAGCCUACCUCCAAAAUCCCCUUUUUGUUCUUCCUGGACCUUGACAUUCAGCCUCCUGCCCUUAACUGAAUUGGGAACGUCUGCCUCCUGCUUGUGUCUCCUGGCUCCCGUGUCAUGGGAAGGCCAAAUAAAUGUCUGCUUCUCUCACACACUUUAGCAGUUAGUAAGGUCUUCACACCCUGAUUCUUUGGUUUUCUGCUUAGCGCCACCAACAUUAAAUAGGAAGGGGACAGUCUGUGCCAGGACACCAUGGAGUGGCCUUCCUCCUUGGCUGUAGGCAAGCUCUAACUCACUGUCACUUUGGAGUUGAGAUCCCCCCCCCCCUUUUAGUUCCUGUACUGUAUAAACAUUAGUAAAAAAAAAAAAAUAAACAUUUUUACGGA